AUGGUGUCUGAACAAACCUCGACUGACAUUAGAAGUGCUGCUAUACCAGCCAAGAGCUACCAGCAAUCUGGCCCAAGUACACAUUGGAACGACCUGCCACCAGACCUCUUUCUAUCACAUAAAAAGCAGAAAUCUGUACAGCCUACCAAUGACGAUGAGAAAGUCGAGCCCUCGAGGGUAGCUUCGUUAUGUCAAAUGGCAAUGCGUGUAUGCAAAGCUUCCAUGUCUGAUAACGCGCAGAUGCGUAUGCUGGCGGAUACAGAAAAGAGGCUAGACGUGCUAUAUGAACGACUUGACAAGUUGGAUGAAGUGACACUGGAUCGAGUGUGUAGAAUAUGUUAUGCAUUCGAAACCCAUUCAUGUUUGCUCGCAGCACAACAGCUCGCAGUGACGCUAGUAGCCUCUUCCAUGGCAAAUGAAGGUCGAUGGGUAGUGGGAUUCAAACGCUUGGUGGAUUCGUACAAAUUAGUCGUCGAGACACAGUCUACCUCACAAUCGACACCUUCAAGCUAG